AUGAAAGCUUCGAUAUACACGUCUGGAAAGUGGCAUAUUGGCUCAGGGCCUACCUCUCUUAUGUUGGCGCGAGUAUAUCAUGAAGACUUUGCCCUCUCACUCGGAGGCGCUCAAAAAUACAGUGGAAAGAUUAUCAAGAUGGACGACGACUCAAUAUUGAGCUUUCAAUUAGCUGAUGUUGAGCCGUUGGGUGAAUUUGCGCAAGUGGGGCGACGGUUUGAAGGUGUUAUGAUAGAUGGAGUAGGUUCAAUUGUUGAUUGGCGUGUCAAAGAGGUCGAAGAAGGGGCAAACAGUAGGACGUGGUUUCUGACUAUUGAUCACGAUGUCAAUAACAAUACAGUUGAUAAGGUUACAGUGACGUACAUACUGGCGGAGAAUUCGAUUAUGAUGCCGAGCCGUAUCCAGUUCAACCGAGGAGAAAAGUUCUGGGUGGAAGGGACGCUUGAGUCGCUAGGAAACAACCCCGACAGCAUGGUUGUUCAAGCAACUCGAGCCAUACUCUUUCAAGCCGCGUGA